AUAUAAAAGAUAAUACAAUAUAAAAUAUAAAAAUACAACAUGUAUAUUGAUGAGACGACAGUUUUGCCAGAUUAUUAGCCAACUGUAGAAUUGAUGUCUCAAUAAAUGAUUACAUCAUAAAUGACUCCAGGCAUGCAGUGUGAGUCGAAGUAACUUGGUUAAUUGUGUUUAUGAGCUGCUCCAAUGCGGUCACCAUUUUAGAGCAUGUCAACAUGUUCUACUAGACACACAAAAUACAAGUAUGAUCCUGAAAAUAAGCAUGAUAUGGGACCUUUAAAGCCUGAAAAACAGAGCCAUGAGGAGAUGCAGAAGUCUAGUUUUCUCUCAGAACACUUGAAUUACAAUAUGCUCCAAGGUUAUUAUGAAUGCACAAUGAUGCCAAAAAUAUACUGCCACUUUAAGGUUGAUUACAACAGGUAAAUUGCAGUUAUUAUGAUGCUAUCUUGCAGUAACCUGGGGAAUUAAUCGCAUCCCAACACAUAUUAUAAGCCUGGAGUCUAUAAACCAACUGUAGAAUUAAUAUUACAUCAUAAAUGACUCCAGGCAUGCAGUGUGGAGUCUCAGUAACUUGGUUAAUUGUGUGUUAUGAGCUGCUCCAAUGCGGUCACCAGUCGACGCUUUAUGAUUUAUGUAACAAGAACAUUUUGGCUUCAACGUUACGUAGAAGCCUCCCCACAGAAAAAAACACCACUACGGCUACAAAACAUCACUAUGGGUCUAUUUCUAUUACAGGCUUGUGUCGAUGUGUAAUAAACAUAACAAUACACCCAAAAUAAGCAUUUGAAUGCCUGUCUGCUGAGUACUUUGAAUGAAAGGCUUCUCUCUCGUCACCGUCACUCACAGUCUGCUGUCUGCUCGGAGCGCUCUGAUUGGCUGACAGCUGCACCAGGAGGGCGUCACAGAGCGCUGUGAUUGGCUGAGAGCUGCUAAAGAGGGCGGGAUCUAACUGUCAAGACAGGCACAUAGAGAGCUGGCUGCCGCUGUGUGCAGGUAAAAAGGGAACAAGCGAAACAUUUAUCUUGGCAAAGAAAGAAAGAAAGCGAAGAGGAGAGUAACAUGGAAACGGAGAAACCUUUUCAUGCAGCAGAAGAACACCUUAAGCGAGAGCAACUUGGACAGCUGCGUGUUCAUCAACAAAGAAUGAAAGCUUUCAAACGAGCUCUGGAAGACGAUCUUCACUCCUCGGCCAUGUCGGACAGCGAUGACGGCUCCCCGCUCGACCUGUCGGGAAGGGGGCUCUUCGGGAAGCGGCGUCGCCGCGGCAACCUGCCCAAGGAGGCGGUGCAGACUCUGCGGAGCUGGCUGUACGAGCACCGCUUCAACGCCUACCCGUCGGAGCAGGAGAAACUCAGUCUGUCAGGCCAGACCAACCUCUCUGUGCUGCAGAUAUGUAACUGGUUCAUCAACGCACGUCGCCGCCUCCUCCCCGACCUGCUCCGCAAGGAUGGCAAAGAUCCCACCAAGUUCACCAUCUCCCGCAAGGUUGGCGGUAAAAGCGACGGCCACUCGUCUAACGGAGGUGGAGCCAGCUCUCCAGAAAGCAGCUCUUCCACCGGCUCAUCUCAGCUACGCCCAUCUGUCAUCCGCUCCGCCCCCACGCUGGACCUCAACCUCCUUGGGAACACAGCGACGGCUAUCCUGACCGGAGCGGGCUACCCUGGUAAGGAAGGCUCGGUCCAGGCGCUGAUGACGCUGGACACACAAAGUCUGCUGAGGGAAGCGGAGGAACAGGGGGCUAAUAUGGUUUGCCUCACCAGCACAACAACGGCAGCUAGCCCCACCGGCGGCCUCUUCAACACGCCUCCCCCGACUCCUCCCGAGCUGUUCCCAGUCCAGGACUUCAGCGAUUUGAGGCUCCUAGUUGAUGCAGCUAUGCAGAGAGCGGCGGAGCAGGAGAACCUGAAGAGGCUCCAAGAGAGCCAGAACAGACCUACAGAGGCUGUAAAGACUGAACCAGUGGAGGCAGAGUGUAGCGCGUACAGCAGUGACAUGGGACCCACACCGCCUCCAGAGGACAGCCAACAAGUCAUGGAUCCCUCCAGGGUGCAGAGUCUGAUGGAGAAGGCUAUGGCUGUUCCAGUGUCAGCUGCAGUAAAGGAUCCACUCCCUCUCACUUUAGCAGCCUCAGUACCAGUCUCAGCUCCAGCCUCGAGGCUGUCUCCUCUCCUGAUGAAUAAAGUCGUCUGGAGCCCUUUGGGGAAGGACACCGCUAGAGCCUCCAGCCCAAACCAGCUUCAGCUCAUCGCAGCCCAUCUGCCAACCGUAGUGCCAGUGUCCGCCUCAGUUUUAGGACAACCAAAUUCUCAGAUACCAGCUGCCAUCACCCCAGCUUCACCAUCAACACCAGCCUCAAGCUCUGAUCCAGCUCCACUGCCCACCGCAUGUCCUACGAGUGCAUCAGUGGCAGCUACGAGGCCAGUCUCGGUGCCAUCACCGGUCCUCCUCCCUGCCACGAGUCCCACCUCUGUCGCUGCUCCAAUUCAGGCUUCAUCCCUCACAGUAGCGCUCGUUCCAGCUGCUCCUUCUGCAGCCUUCACCUCGUUCACAGACCCCAGAGUCUUUUACUUUCAAAAAGCCCCCAUAAUCCCAGUCACAGUUCCAUGUGCAUCGCCGGUUUCAACCGCAGCAGCGUUGUCUCCAGCCCCCGUUCACAACCCAGUCUUUGCCUCUGCCCAAGCUCCAACUCCUCUCCCCGCUUCACCAAUGAUUACACCUCUUCUGGGCCUGGCUUCCCACCUCACUGCUCCUCCUCUUCAGCCUUCCUCCUCCACCACCACCAGCAGCAGCAGUAUUAGUAGUAGUGCACAGAGGAAUCCAGCAGUGGUGCCCAGUGUUUGGAGCAUGGUCCACGCUGAUACCAGGCAACCCAGUUCUCUCCAAGUGGUGAAGACCCCCAUCACCACAGUGUGGGGCUCGCAGCACAGCCUGCACACAGUCAGUGAAACUGUCAACUAGGAGCUGGAAGUUGGCACCUUUUUUUUUUUUUUUUUUUUUUUUUAUAUAUAUCUAUAUUAUCUGUGGAGGAGAGAGGCCAAACAUUCCUGUUGGCUGGACAACACUGUAUAUAGGAGAAUGUAUCUUCAUCACCAGUCCCCCUUUUUUGUCAGUAACACCUGUACCUGCAGAAAACAGGGAUCAGAUGUACGAACUGGGACAAAGUGACGUAGCAAACAUGAGGUGUUAUAGAGACUUGCUGUUUCAAGCAACUUUUUUAUCGUUUAAACAUGCUGUUUUUGACAGAGGGACCUGCUGGUAAACACACUUAGAUGUCAUUUUCUCGAAAGAAACAUUCCUCACCGCAGAUUUAAUGUAUUGUGCAAAGUUUUUGAUGCCACUUUUCAAACGUCUUUCCACGUUACAGUUUAUGAACGAGGAGGAAAAUAUCCCUUAAUUGUACAAAAUGUUGAUCAUUUUCAGGACCAGCAGUUAGCCUCUUCAGUAGCAGUACUGGACUUUAUUGAAUGUACAUUGAUAUCGUUGGCUAUCAUCCAUUCCCUUCCGGGAUAAAAAGGAGGACAUGAGUUUCUUUUUCCCACGCACAGCAACAACGCCAUAGUCCUCUAUAGUAUUCAGAUGAUUUGUUUAAGUAUUUACUCUUAACAUUUCCCCCUUUUCUUUUGGAGAUGAGCAGAAGGGAAAUUGAUUGUACUGCAGCGAGCCUGAUUGAAUGACUCUCCUCGAUGUGUCUGUCUCCAUCUCACACACACACACACACACACACACACACCCACCCACCGCCUUCUUCCUGUCUUCCUGUCUUUUUAUAGCUAAGGGGAUUCAGCAGCCCUCGUGAAUUGUCAUCUCAACCACUCAAAACAUGCUCUCAAGUACCGCGUGUUUCUUUGUUUGCCAUUCCUGAUUUGUAAAAACGUAUUUUUUUCUGUGUUUUUUUGCUGAAAGCGAAGCGGCUACGUCUGCGACCUUGCGCCGAUUUUCAGGGAUUGUUGUUGAGGGAAGAGGUUCACAUUGGAUUUCUGUUACAGAAAUCAAUGUCAGUGGAGAGGUGAGCAGCUCAGUGAUGUGAUGACAUCAAGCUCUUGCACCUCCUGGACUGAAACGUUACACUUGCUGUGAGACUUGGCGCCGUUUUAUCUCUUUUUGUGGCGCAAAACACUUAAAACAUUGGAUCCUCGUAUUUGGGGGAUAGAUAAAUUAUCCGGAUUUCCGCUGUCUAUGUGGAGCCUUAUGAUUUGGUCAUGAUAUUUCAAACCUGAAUGUCUUACUAGUGGAAAAAUUAAUUGAUGCGUAUAGUGUCUCUCGGCAAAGCAAAUGGUUGACAUUUGCUGGUUUUUUUUCUUCCCAAUAGCAUAAGAAUUCAAGUUUUUCCUCAUCAGUGCUUUCCACCUGUGUUUUAGAAAUGGUUUCUUUAGAGUUUCUAAUCCUUCACAAAGCUGUAGUUUCCAUGAAACUGUCGUAGCAUAAACCUCAAUAUAUGGCUGAAUGCCAUCAGGGCAUCUGUUAUCAGUAGCGUCAUGUUGAAAAGUUCCUAUGUGAAUAAUACUAAGCAGGACUGUGCAUCAAAUCUUCAAUACUGUCAUGUUUACCCGUGUCAUUGUGUUUAGAUCAAACGGUUACAUUCUACAUGUGUUAGGGGUUGGAGAAGACCGAUAUCAUCUCCCCUCCCGUAUUUCCACAUCUAUUUUGUUUCAUUUGUCCCUCCUCACUGCCAGUAAUGCUCUGUGGAUGUCGGUGGAAGAGUUUUAGUUGUUUUUGUUACAGGUACUCACUAGACUGAUGUGCAUUUAUACCUCAAUUUACACAGGUCAUGUCAGGCUUGGGUCAUAUGUAGAAUACUAAGUAUUAAAGUAAUAUUUUUAUUGUUCAAACUACAUCAUGCCACUGUGACAACACCUUUAUCGGUUGAGAUAUACUGGAAAUGGCUGGCUAAAGAUUAGGCAGGCAGGUUUUUUUUUUUUUUUUUAUAGCAAGGUUUAUAUGUGAUUUUUAGACGCUCCAAUCAGAUCAGACAAUGUGAUGUUGCAUGUAAAUAUUUUGAAGGUCAUGUUUUUUUUUUUUGUUGUUUUUUUGUAUUGGCAUGAACUUUAUCUCAAACUAUGUAGUUUCUUUACAGCCAAAUGCAUUCAAAAAUGUUUUGUGAAUCAUGACUGACCGUUGGCAGUAUGACUGGCUGCUGUGCCUUAAACCUACGACCGAGGGACUAUUGUCCCUUUUUUAUAUAAAAACUUCUCAAUAGUCUGUGCAAUAUAUGCCUUAAACUUUAAAUGUGUGUUUUUUGUAUAAGCAUUUCAAAGGAAUAAAACUUCAGUUUUUCAUAAAUG